CAUCACUACCAACAGACAUUCACAAUAGAACGACAUCAGUCGUCAGCUGUUCGAAUAGUAAUUUUCUCUCAAGAAAAUUCUUCUUACAUCGUAAACAUGGAUAACGAGCAGCCAACAACAAGCGCUAAUGCAGCCCAGGCCCAGAACCAAACCAAGGAUCAGGAUCACAAUAACAUGCUGGACUCCCCGAUGCGUGGCCCCACACUCUCUACCUCGACGUCCAGUUUUGAAGCCUUGGCCCACGCCCAUGAUCCAAAUCUCAGCAAGUUGGCCACAAAGAUGUUCCAGAAGACUGAAGACUAUAUAUCACACGAACUGAACGCGCCAUUGGAGGACUAUAAAUUGCUUGAAGAGAUGAACAGAGCCACUAUUGGUAAAUACAAGGAUAUGCGACAGAUAGCUGAAAAUCUCAAUGUAGGCACUAGCGAGCUGUGCGGCAAGUUCCAGCAGUUAGCACCGCUAAUGCAGCAAAUCGAUGAAAUCUCCGAUACGGUAGACAAGCUGGAGGCGGCAGCCUACAAAUUGGACGCUUAUAGCAUAGCACUGGAGAAUAGGGUCAAGUGUGUAUUACAGCGAAAGUCGCACGCAGGACAUUAA